AUGUCAGAAGAAGUAGACAUGUCAUUCAAAGUUGCGUUAAUGUGCCUAACUGUCCUCCUCGGCAGCAAUGCCUUCCCACUUGAGGAGGAACCGGACAUGUCCAUGUUCUUCGAUCACACCGACGCCAGCGCUCGCAUCGUCGGAGGCACCAACGCUGGCAGCGUUCCACACCAGGUGGCGCUGACCACCGGCACCGGAACCCGCAGUUUGUUGUGCGGAGGCAGCAUCGUGUCCAAUCGACACGUGCUCACCGCCGCCCACUGCAUGAGACCCGUCGGUGGAAACAGACCUAACAGCAACCUCCGCGCAUGGGCGGGCACUAACCGCUGGGCGAGUGGUGGCCAGGGGAUCCAGUUCAGCCACGGCCUCAUGCACCCUCAUUACAGCCAAAUUACUAUCAAGAACGACAUCGGAAUUUACACCGCCAGCAGGGCCAUCGUUCUCUCCACUUCCGUCCGAGUUAUUGCUCUGAACUAUGACUUCGUCGGAGCUAAUGUAGCAACCAGAGCUACAGGCUGGGGCAGAACCUCACAAUUUGGUUCUACUUCUCCCAUUAUUCUGGAGCUGCGCGCGAGAACCAUCGACGGUCAACGCUGCGCAAAUGAAGUCCGCCGGGUGCUCGGCUUAAUCGGCGCCAGCUCUCCCGCUGUCAACCCGACCCUCGAGAUCUGCACCUUCCACUCCGUCGGACACGGCAUGUGCAACGGAGACUCUGGCAGCCCCCUGGUGCGGACUGACCGCAACCAGCAGAUCGGCAUCGUGUCGUGGGGAAUCCCCUGCGCCCGCGGCGUGCCUGAUAUGUUUACGCGUAUUAGCGCCUACAGGACUUGGCUUCAAAACUCUUUGCGUUAA